AUGAAAAAUAUUGAUGAACAAAAACAAUUGACUAAAGUCUUACUUGCAGGUUUCCUAGCUUAUGUCUAUAAAGCAUCAGAGUUUACUGGAUCAAAAGUUAGUAAUGAUGAACAUGUACCUUGUUUAUCUGAGCAAAAUGUGAUUACUACGGGCAAAGGUUCAGGAAAAGGCGGCGGUGGCGGCGGUAAAAGUAGCGGCGGCGGUAAAAGUGGUGGUAGUAAAAGCGGCGGUGGCGGUGGUUUUGCUUCAUCUGCCAAAUCUUCGGCAAAUUCUCGUGCUAAUGCAUUCAAUCCUUCAUCUAACCAAUACAACCCAUCUACAAGUCAAGGACGAAGUGGACAAACAUCCCAUCAAUCGCAUAACCGUGCAGCAGAUAACAACAGAAUUGUUAGAGAAACAAUGGAAAAUAAUCAUAGACGUGCUAUUGGCCAAUGGUUGAAGGAUAAAAUUUUUCCUCUCAAAGAGGACAAAGUGUCGGAUGCAUAUUACUAUUAUCUGUCUUUACCCAUUAAUCGCAACAACAGUCGAGAGCUUUAUAAAGAUGUAGACCGCCAUCAAUUUUUGUUAUAUUUAGCUCGAUAUUAUCUUAAUACGAUACAACAUAAUUUCACCUAUGACAUCCCGAGGAGUCUGCUUAGCGCUGUCAUUGGCAAUUUGUAUAGAAGCGCCUCAGACAGUGAAAAAUACAAAGCAGACAUGUAUUGCAAGAGAUUCAAUGAAUUUAUUGCUGACGCGAAUAAGGCCAACCAAAAUUAUUACUAUCAACGUGACCUGGCCGCAGCUGAUAAUGAAGACUAUGAAGACAAUACUAUUCACCAAAACUUAGAUGUUGAUGAUGAGUAA